AUGAGCGAGUCCCAGGCGGGUCUUAGGCAAAUCAUGAGUGAGUCCCAGGCAGGUCCUAAGUGGGUUCUGGUCAAGUCCCGGACAGGUCCAGGGCGGGUCUCGGUCAAGUCCCGAGCAGGUCCCAAUCAAGUUCCGGCAGGGUCCCGGUCAAGUCCCGUGCGGGUACCGGACGAAUCCUGGUCAAGUCCCGGGCAGGUCACCGUCAAGUCCCGGACAGAUCUUGGUCAGGUCCUAGGCGGGGUCAAGUCCCGGGCGGGUUCCGGGCAGGUCCUGGUCAAAAAUUUGACAUUUGAUAUUAAUGCAGAGGGCUCUCAGCCAUGUUCAACUUCUACGCUUGUACCUGAGAACGGUAACAAAAGGUCACGACAAAAAAAGAAGAAAUAUUGUCCUAAGGUGGUCAGUGAAGGCAAACCAAAAAAGACUCCAAAACCUAAAACACCUAAACCUGCAAAUCUAAAGCGUGCUUCUGCUUCUGCUAAGAAAAAGAAAAACAAUUCCGUUAAGCGGACUUUAAUUUUUGACACCCAAGAUGACAUGGAAAAACCUGAGAGUGGUGCUCUUGAUUCUUCUCAAUGCAGCAAUCAUAGAGAAAUAGUUAACACUAUAACAGAGAAGCAAGAACACCCUAACCAAUCAUUCCAAGUAGAUCAAUGUUGCACUACUGGCAGAAGAAUAGGACCCAAUUUUCCACAGUUAUGGAAGAAAAGAAGGGUCGGGAGAAGUUGCAGGAAAAAUAUGGCCACCAUUAUUUUGUCUUUGUGCCAACCAGAAGCUAAGAGAACAAAGAAGUCUAACAUGUACACUCGGCACAACACAGCUGACUUGAUAAUUGCACCAUGGCCUAUACUUGAAACAAAAAAGAAGAAUAGAUCCAAAGGGUGCACUCGUAGAAGGAGCAACUUAACUGCACUUCCAGUCUGCAAUCAACUACAAAGUGGAAGGCAAGAACAAAAGCUUGAGAUUUCCCAUGGACCUGAAACUCGGAAGGAUGCUUUUGUCAAUUCAGAAUUUUAUGCUGGAAAAAGUGAAGGAAGCCUAGCCAAGGAUUCAGAUUUUCAGCUCAGAGGUACAUUCCAUUUGCCAGAAACUACUUAUUGGAUAGUAUUGAUUCCUAAUCAUCAUUUAUUUGAUCCAGGUAAACAGGAAGAAAGCAUCAAUGUCCUUGUGGAGAAACUUGGGGGUGAUGGACAAAAUCAUCUCCUGGAGCAAGAUCAAAAUUCAUAUGGUCCUAACAGUGGGCAUGGCACAGUAGUUUCCUUGGAGGAACAAGAACAGAUUGCAAAUGGUCCUAACAACAAUGGGCAUGGCACAGUAGUUUCCUUGGAGGAACAAGAACAGAUUGCAAAUGGUCCUAACAACAGUGGGCAUGGCAUACUAGUUCCCUAUCAAGAACAAGACCAAAAUGGACAAGAUCCUACCAGCAUUGGUACACUAGUUCCCUACUAUGAGGAGCAAGAUCAGAAUGCACAUGAUCUUACCAGCAGUCACACUUUAGUUCCAUAUGAGGGACCAUUCAACCCUAUCAAGAAACAACGAGUACUGGCCAAAGUCAACCUUGAUCCAGAGACAAUUAUGGUUUGGAAGCAGUUAAUGGAUUACAAAUCUAGUGAAGGUGAAACAAAAGCAAAUGAGGAAAAGGAGAAAUGGUGGGCUGAAGAAAGAAAUGUUUUUAGUGGACGGGUAAACGCAUUUAUUGCCAUCAUGAAUGACAUCCAAGGGGAUAGACAUUUCACACCAUGGAAAGGUUCAGUUGUCGACUCUGUGGUUGGAGUUUUUUUAACUCAAAAUGUGGCCGACCACCUUUCAAGCAAUGCCUUCUUGUCACUUGCCGCUAAGUUCCCCUCAAGUAACCACCGAGGAAGCCAAGAAUCUGUGGGAAGCAACGGGACAACAUAUGAUUCAAAAGGGAAUGAGUUCAUUGUUUCUGAACCUGAACCUCAACCUGAUAUGAGUUAUGGAUUGGAAAAUGGAACAGAGAUCCUAACAGAGAUGUCAGAAGGACCGAGCUUAGAAACUAGUUUACUAUGCUCUGACAUUAUAAAUGACCUCAAACUUAACCACCAAGGUGCUUAUGCAUUUGAACUUCCACUUUUCCCCACAAAUCCAGAGUUCAAUUCACAAGAAGAAAGUGGGAUAGAAACCAACCCACAUGCCUGCCAUGAAAAUGAAAGCUCGGUUGAUGAAAAGGCACAAAGUCAGAAGAGAAAGAUGCAACCAGCCAAUGAUGCCAAUACCAUGAAAAAGAAAGGGAGGAAAGGGAGAAAGACAAACCUAAAAGAAGAAAAACUUUCUUCUGACAUGGCAUUUGAUGAGACAAAGGCAGCUGCUACUCGGGGAAAAAAGAAGAUUAAAAAGGUAGAGGAAGAAAUUGACUGGGAUGAACUAAGGAGAACUUAUUCCUCAGCCAAACCAAGAGGUAGCAAUCAAAUGGAUUCUGUGGAUUGGGAGGCUGUUAGGUGUGCAGAACAUAAAGAUGUUGCCGAUGCGAUCAAAGAACGUGGCCAGCACAACAUCAUUGCAGGAAGAAUCCAGGACUUCCUUAAUAAAGUGGUUAAGCUACACAAAAGCAUUGACCUUGAAUGGUUAAGAAAUGUUCCAGCUGAUUUAGCAAAGAAAUACCUUCUGGAAGUAAAUGGACUGGGGUUGAAGAGUGUGGAAUGCGUACGGCUUUUAUGCCUUCAGAAUAUUGCCUUCCCUGUGGAUACAAAUGUUGGGCGGAUAUCAGUGCGUCUAGGAUGGGUCCCCCUCCAACCAUUGCCUGGAAACCUCCAAAUACAUCUUCUAGAACAGUACCCAGUGAUGGAUACUGUUCAGAAAUAUCUAUGGCCCCGACUAUGUACACUUGACCAAGGAACAUUGUAUGAACUGCAUUAUCAAAUGAUAACCUUUGGAAAGGUCUUCUGCACAAAGAAAAAUCCAAAUUGCAAUGCUUGUCCAAUGAAGGGAGAUUGCAGACACUAUGGAAGUGCAUUUGCAAGUGCAACGCUUGCCCUACCAGCACCUGAAGAGAAAAGUAUAGUGGUUCACAGUAUGACAGGUGAAACACUUAAUCUGGUUUCCAACAGAACACCGCUAUCUAUUCUUGAGGCCAACCCAUUUCCAGGAUCAGGAAGCCAAGCCAAGAACUUUGAACCUAUCGUUGAGGAGCCACCAUCACCAGAGCCAGAAUGUACAGAACUGCCAGAAAUUGAAGAUUUUUUUCGUGAUCCUGAUGAAAUCCCUACAAUCAAACUUGGCGUUGACAAGUUCAAAGCCUAUUUACAGAAUCUGGAUGAGAAUCACGUUGUUAUUCAUGACAAUAAUAUGUCAAGAGCUUUGGUUGCUUUAACUGCAGAAGCUGCUUCCAUCCCGAUGCCCAAACUCAAGAGUGUUAGUCGCUUAAGGACUGAACACCUAGUCUAUGCACUUCCGGAUUACCAUCCUCUUCUCACAGUAACAGGGCUAGACAAACGAGAAGAUGAUGAUCCAUGCCCAUACCUUCUUGCCAUAUGGAAUGCAGGUGAAACUGCAAAUUCAUUUGAGCCGCCCACGAAACAAUGUAAUUCCGAGUUUGGAGAACUUUGUAAUGAGGAAAAAUGUUUUUCCUGCAAUAGUACUCGAGAACAAAAUUCUAACAUAAUUCGUGGAACAAUUUUGAUACCCUGUAGAACAGCAACCAAGGGGAGUUUUCCUCUCAAUGGAACAUACUUUCAAGUUAAUGAGGUAUUUGCUGAUGAUGAGUCUAGCCAAAACCCUAUCCAUGUUCCUAGGGAGUGGCUAUGGCAUCUAGAAAGGCGAACGGCAUACUUUGCAUCUUCAACAUCAGCACUAUUUAGAGGAUUAUCAACUGAUGCAAUUCGAACCGGCUUUAGGGAAGGUUUUAUUUGUGUUAGAGGGUUUGACCGAAAGACAGGGUGUCCCAAACCACUAGUACAAAGACUUCACCUUUUAGGAUACAAGAUGGGAAAGGAUUAG